GCCUUUUCUGUGCUUCUGAAGAAAGAAACAGCAUGGCUGCUACUGAAGCCCAUAAAGUGAUUGUUUACGGAGGAAAAGGAGCUCUGGGCUCUGCAUGUGUGCAAUACUUCAGAGCUAAAAACUGGUGGGUUGCCUCUAUAGAUCUCAAUGCCAAUGAAGAAGCCAAUGCCAAUGUUACAGUUAAGAUGACUGAAUCCUUCACUGAGCAAGCCAGCCAGGUGACAGCUGAUGUCGGUGAGCUGUUAGGUGAAGAUAAAGUUGAUGCCAUCCUGUGUGUGGCCGGAGGUUGGGCAGGGGGCAGCGCCAAGGCCAAAACUCUGUAUAAGAAUGCUGAUCUGAUGUGGAAGCAGAGUGUGUGGACCUCCACAAUUUGCAGUCACCUAGCAACCAAACACCUGAGAGAGGGGGGGUUGCUCACACUGGCGGGGGCUAAAGCAGCAUUGGGUCCAACAGCAGGAUGCAUUGGUUAUGGUAUGGCUAAGGCAGCAGUACAUCAGUUGUGCCAAAGUCUGAGCGGGCCAAAUAGUGGUCUUCCUCCAGGAUCUUCUGCAGUAGCAAUUCUCCCAGUGACUUUGGAUACACCCAUGAAUAGAAAGUUCAUGCCAGAUGGUGAUGUCAGUUCCUGGACAUCUCUAGAGUACAUAACGGAGCUGUUCUAUAAGUGGACUACAGGAGAGAACAGACCCCCUUCAGGUACUCUGAUGCAGCUCGUUACUGCAGAUGGAAAAACAGAAACUACGCCGAUGUUAUGAUCAACAUGAUUUAUGGUAAUCAAAACCCUUCAAACCAAGCCAAUAAUUCAUCACUGUCUCUGCAUUAGUGAUGCUUUGUAUCUUACUGCCUUUUUGUUUACAUGUAAAAAUCAAAUUACAGUAAAUAAAUCCUAGGUCUUAAAAAUAGGAUCAUUGCAUUCGAAUGUGAAAGAUAUUGUUUUGUAAAUGUAAUGGCAAAUUAAACAGUUUUAUUCUGA